AUGAAUGGUCUAAUAGCAUUAAUAACUGGUGGUGCAGCUGGUUUAGGGCUUGCUUGUGCUAAACGCUUUGCUCGACAUGGUGCUCGUGUAAUCAUUUGUGAUUUAGCAUCAUCUAAAGCCAAUAACAUAGUUGAAAAAUGGUCAUCAAUAGUUUCGUCUUCAUUCAAUUCAGAAUUAAAUGAAUCCGAAGAUCAUUUAACUUCACACUUAAAUGACAAAAAUAAUAUGAAAAUUCCAUUAUCAAAUCAUUUAUCAACAGAUCAAAAUAUUCAAUUCGAAGCACCGACUUUUUUUCCUGCUGAUGUAACUAAUGAAGAACAAGUACAAGCUAUGUUUAAUAAAAUCAAACAACAAUAUGAAAGACUUGAUAUUGUACUUAAUUGUGCUGGUAUUGGGAUAGCUCUUCGAACAUAUAAUAUAAAUAAACGUUCCAUGCAUAAUUUCGAUGAAUUUAAACGUAUACUUGAUGUAAAUGUAUCUGGUACAUUUAAUGUCAUACGUUGGGCAUGCCAUGUUAUGUCUGAUAAUCAACCAAAUUCUCAAGGACAACGUGGUGUUAUUAUAAAUACAGCAUCGAUUGCGGCUUAUGAAGGUCAAAUAGGACAAGUUGCAUAUGCAGCAUCGAAAGGUGCUAUUGUUUCAAUGACAUUACCAUUAGCACGAGAUCUAUCAAAUAUGGGUGUAAGAGUUUGUGCUAUUGCUCCUGGUGUUUUUUAUACACCAAUGCUUGCUGCUUUACCUGAAAAAGUUCGAGCAAUACUUGGUAAUAUGGUACCAUUUCCAAGAAGACUUGGACAAUCAGAUGAUUUUGCUCGUUUAGCACAAAUAAUUGUUGAAAAUCCAUAUCUUAAUGGUGAAGUUAUUCGAUUAGAUGGCGCUCUUCGUAUGCCACCUUAA